AUGGCUCUGAAGAAGUCCCUCAUCUUGUUUCCCAUGCUGGCUCUGAUGCUGCAGGUGCUGCUGGGGCAGGUCCAUCCUUCCCUGGCCCAGGAAUCAAGAGCGAUGAGGUUCAGAAGACAGCAUAUUGACUCAGAUAAUCCCUGUGCAGGCAGCAUAACCUACUGCGAUGUGAUGAUGCGGCGUCAGAAUAUGACUCAAGGUGCCUGCAAGCCAUUGAACACCUUUGUGCAUGCGUCCAUCCCAGUGGUUGAUGCUGUCUGCAAUAACAAUUUCACUGCGUGUGCGAAUGGGCAAAGAGUCUGCCAUCAGAGCAGCUCCCGCAUGAUACUCACAGAUUGUGUCCUGAAAAGCCGCUCCGUAUACCCCAACUGUACAUAUUGGACCAAUCCAGCCAUAAAGAACAUCCUGGUGGUCUGUGAUGGGAACCCAUAUGUGCCUGUCCACUUUGACAGUAGUAUUUAG